CCCCAACCAACAGAAUUAGGUUUUUAUCAUGUACUAAAAACAAAUUACGGGGUGGGCGUUGGUUUAGUCAUUAAGGUUCGCGUAAAUAAAAUCAUGCAAUAUUAUUUUCAGGUUGUGAACCCUUAUUUAAACCUUGUUUUCAAGACAACUAAGUAAACCUGAAAGCUUUUUUCAUCUAUAUAUUACGAGAUAAGUGGCACCAGUUUGCCUGGCUUUAUUUUUAGCUGUACCAAACAGAAAACAUUCUUUAAUCAUGCUCAUUCGUACAUUCAUUUUAGUAUCAACUUUCAGCAUUCAUGUGUUUGCAUCCGUAUUUACGGUUAAGUUGUAUUCCCGGUCCGUUAAUCAGGAAUACAAUGGUCAGGGUGUGUCAAUCGAGGGGUCUUCUUUGGUUUUGGGAGAUGCCAAGGAAUUUCAAUACGAUAAUGAAUCCAAAUUCUUAUUCAUAGUUGAGCCAGGCAAGAAGGUGUAUUUUAGUUUAUCAGAUUCGAAGUUAGAGUUGAGUUCGAAAGAUAAGGUUGAAGUUGUGCUUGUGGAGGGCCAUAAUCGACUCGUUGAAUUUAAACAUUCAGAUGCACUUUAUGCAAUAAAAAGCGAAAGCGAAAGCAUAAUUUCCCUUGGGUAUUCUGAUGACGGUCCUAUUGAUGGCGGUAUUCCUAUACAGCUAGUAUAUCAAAAUGUCAAAAAUGUGGACAAAACUGCCACUGAGCAAUCAAUCACAGAAACAAAAUCUACCCAGAAGAUAGAUACAACACAGCAAGAACCAACCAGCACACAAAUGACUAAUUAUCCAGACAAGUCAGACAAAAUGUUAAGCGGAAGUACAAAGCUGAGGAGUUUCUUUGGCUCUGUUGGAAAGACAUUGGUAAUUAUUUAUUGUGACAUUGUGUUCGUAUAUCAAUUAUCAAUUAUCACUUUCUUUGCUGUCUUCUUUUUCUUUUGUUUGUUUUAAGUAUUGUGUUGUAUCUGUAUUAGAAUAGCAUAGAUAGAUCUUUUUUUUUAACCCUUGUCUGGUUUAAUACAUAAUGUAUUUGGACUUGAACUCUCUGGU